UACAUAACAAAAUGUUUUCCGUUAAAUUAAUAAAAUUUCAGCAAAAACUGAAUAAUGCAUUGUAUUUUAAACGUUUCUAUAUGCAAAGAAAUCUUUUGGCCUUAACUGACAGAGGUUUCUUUCAGGAUAUGUUUCCAGAUACAGCCGCGCCUCAAAUGAAAAAAAUAUUCGAUUCAGCACCCCAAACUAUAUAUGCGGGUUUUGAUCCCACCGCUGACAGUUUGCAUGUGGGUAAUUUAUUAGUUAUAAUGGGACUGUUACACUGUCAAAGAGCUGGCCAUAAUCCCAUAGCACUGGUGGGUGGAGCUACAGGCUUGAUAGGAGACCCCAGUGGCCGCAAAACAGAACGUAGUCAGUUGCAAGAAACUAUAGUAGAGCAUAAUUUAGAAUCAAUUAAAAAGCAACUGGAAAAGGUAUUUCAAAAUCAUGUAGAUUUUUUGUGGGAUGAUAAGAAACAUAAACAACCCCUGUCCUCUUUAAGAAUAGUCAACAAUGCCGAUUGGUACAAAAGCCUUAAUAUCAUUGACUUUAUAGCUCAUACUGGCAGACACUUUCGUUUGGGUCAAAUGCUUUCCAGAUCCUCAGUCCAGUCACGUCUCGAAGCUGAAGGCGGCAUGAGUUUUACAGAAUUUACCUACCAGACUUUCCAGGCUUAUGACUGGUUGCAUUUAUUGCGUACUUACAAUUGUCGUUUUCAGUUGGGCGGCUCUGAUCAAAUGGGUAAUUUGAUGUCUGGUCAUGAAUUGAUAAGUCGAGCUGAGAAGAAAGAUGUUUUUGGCUUGACUUUACCCAUUGUUACCGAUGAAGAAGGUGAUAAAUUUGGCAAAUCGGCAGGCAAUGCUGUUUGGUUAGAUGGCAAUAAAACAUCGGCGUUUGCUCUCUACCAAUUCUUCGUACGAAGGCCAGACUCUGAAGUGGAAAAAUUGUUGAAACUAUACACCUUUUUGCCAAUUGAAGAAAUAGAGUUCCUAAUGACCGAACAUAAAAAAGAGCCGGAGAAAAGAAAGGCCCAAACGAUAUUGGCUGAAGAUAUUACACUGUUGGUACAUGGAGAAAGGGGUUUAAAACAAGCUGAAACUAUUACCAAUGCGUUGUAUAAGGGAAAUGUGGAAGGUUUGGCUGAAUUGGAUCACAACGAAAUCAAACAGACAUUAUCAGGAGCCACUUUAGUAGAAAUGUUAGCAGAACCUGAUAUGACUAUGUUAAAAAUGGCCAUCAAAGCUAAAUGUUUUCCAACCGAAGCUGAUGCCAUACGAAUUAUCGCUGCCGGAGGCUUUUAUGUCAAUCAAAAACGAAGCCAAAACAUUGCCGAACUUGUAACGCAGGGUAUACAUGUCCUUAAAAAUGGUUUAACUUUGCUGAGAGUGGGAAAACGUAACUUUUACAUAGUUAAAUGGUUAAAAUAAUUGUAAAUAAUAAAACACUUGUUGACUUUGUUUUUAAGUUAAAAAA